AUGCCAACUACAAUCACGCACGUCGUGUAUCCAACAAUCCUGGCCGCACUCGUUGCAUACGUAGCGACAUUACAGCCCACAUUCACGCAGGGCUUCAUCCUUGGACAGCUUUCCAUCUUGUUCUUGCUUGCACUCGUCCUCAAGUAUCUUUUUCUCGACUCGUCUGCCACACCCGCCGUCCCACCGUCAUUUGCACCACUAUCUGCACAAGAACGCGGUGCAAAGGCCGGUCAUGUAUUCGAGGAAAAACUAGACGAGAGUGUUACGUCUCUGCCGUUGCCGUUGCACGACGGCACAGAGUCUGCGGAAUGGUUCAAUCUCAUCCUUCACGAAGUAUUUAACGCGUAUCGUCAACAGUUACGAGACAAUGUUAGAGGAGACGCUGGAAACGAUAUUGCACGGACACGCAUACAACGAUACUUGAACGAACACAGAGGCUCAGGACUCAUUGAUCCAAUCGUCGUCAAUGCAGUCUCACUGGGUCAUUCAGCCCCAAAGCUUUCCAAUGCGCAUAUUAUUCCACGCGCAGUCGACCAAAAGGACGCGACAGGUCCACAAAUCCGCAUCGAGGCGACGUACACCGACACGGUAUCGUUGGGCCUUUCGACAUCCGUCUGUUUCAAUCAACCCGUUCCUGGAUUUGCAAGAUUACCCGUCUCGCUCUCCGUCGCACUCAACUUUCUCCGCGCGACCAUUCUCAUCUUCCCCCCAGCACCAGACGACCCAGAGCCGACGUUGACAUUGCAACUCCAACCAGAUGUCGAACUAUCGCUUCAUACAAACUCUUUAUUCGGCUUGCGAGCUAAACUCGAAAAUGUCUCAAAGGUGCACGAGUUGCUGGAGAACCGGAUUCGAAGGGCAUUGGUUGAACGAGGGACAUGGCGCAUUCACCUCCCGUUGAAAAAGACAUAG